GCAAGUACAGUACAAUACCUUCCUCUCUGUUUCUAUUAUCUAUUGGAACUUUUAUCGCGCAGGAUGUAGCGCCUCGCAGGAAAGUUUGAAUUCAUAGUUUUGUGCUUUGCCAUGGAUAAUUAUGGAUACCAACCGGAGGAGAAUAACGGAAGGCCCUUUGCUAUUACAAGAUAUCCCUCCAGGACUGGACAUAAUGAUUACUUAGUCGAAGUUAACUCUAGGUCAAAAAUAUUCAAGAAAUCAGCAUUUUACAAAAGGCUGUCGAUUUUAUUACUUCUAGUAGCCAUAAUUUUUUUAAUUGCAUUAAUUGUGAUAUCUGUGUUAUACACAAAACCGAAACCAAAGAUCUGCACAACAGAUGAAUGUCUAAGGGCUGCUACCAAUAUAAAAUAUUCACUAGAUUUUACUGCAGAUCCAUGUAGUAAUUUCUAUCGAUAUACAUGCGGCAAAUGGCCCGAAGAACAUCCAAAUCAUGGAUGGUGGAGUUCCUUCUCUAGUUUUACUACUAUUAGUGAAAAAGUAGCUAUUGCUUCUUUAAAUGCUUUAACUUCCGAACCGUCAAAAAAUGAACCAGAGGCCAUACAGAAGAGUAGAGAUUUCUUUAAGUCGUGUAUGGAUAUUGAUGCUUUAGAUCAACUUGGAAUAGGCGUUAUGAAUAAAUAUUUAAAGAGGGCAAGGUUACCAGUGAUUCCUAGUUUAUUUACAGUAACUGAUACCGAAAAGGAAACUUUCACUUUCAACUGGAUGAAAACCGAAACGCUGAUUAAGCAAAUUUUCAUGAUGGAUGUAUUUAUUGGAUUUGCAGUCGAUGCCAACAUUUAUAAUGGUUCAGAGAAUGUCAUUUUUGUGGGACAAUUGUAUCAAAAAUGUCCAUUACCAAGUCCUGCUAAAAGGAACAAAAUGAUUCAUUCGAAGAUCGAUGACAACGAUAAUGAGGAUACACUAAGACAACUAAAUUCAAAAAUAUUGAAAUAUAUAAUAAAAGAAAUAAUUGUUAAUAAUACGUCAGCCCAACCCGAUGAAACGAUUUUGCAAGAAGCUGUAGAUGUGAUUUUGAAUAUUUCGGACUAUAUAGAAGAGUUGAAUAUGAAUUACACAGAUUCCGAUGCUACUGAAGAGGACACAUAUUCCAUAAGCUUCAGUUAUCUUCAAAAAGAGACUGAUAACUUUCUAGGAAAACCUAAUCCUGACUUUUGGGCAAAUUAUUUCAAGGAUCUCUUCGCUGGUACAAAUGUUACGAUACAACCGGAAACAGAUGUAUUAUAUACCUCCGAAUUAGAGAUACAGUAUUUGUUAAGAAUAGUAAAAUACGUUUUAGCAACGCCAGAAAUAUACAUAGAAUUGUAUAUGUGGUGGGUGACUGUCUACGCCAUGAUUAUCAACACGACUUCAGAUGUUGUCGAAUAUAUUAAUAAACACUUGGCGUACUAUAGUAAUGGAGUCACUAACAUCGCACGAUCAAGGUCUUUGGAAUGCGCACUCUUGGUAAACAAUUAUAUGGGUUAUGCCGUGAGUUACGUACUAGCAGACGAAUCCUUUCCUACAAAUACUAAACCAAAAGUAGAGAAGAUGAUCAGUGAAAUAAAGAACGCUUUCGUGCAACAUGUGGAGAGCAUAAACUGGAUGGAUUCCCAAACAAAGAAAGUAACUUUGGAGAAAAGUAAAGAAAUGAUUACUUUUAUUGGAUAUCCUGACUGGCUCUUUGAAGAAGGUCGGGUGGAUGACUACUACAAAGAUGUUACAGUGAAAUCAGACACGUACUUAGACAAUAUGAUGAGUGCAAUUCUCUCUCAUAAUUUGAGAAAAUUUAGUUCUCUGAGGGUUAAGCACGAAAGGGACUGGUACGCUGAGCCUAUCGAAGUCAACGCUUUUAAUUCCUUCUCUGACAAUGCUAUAAACGUUCCAAUGGCGAUUUUGAAUUUUCCUGUGUAUAACUUAGGAUUGGAGGUUUUGAAUUAUGGUUCCAUAGGGGCCAUUUUAGGACAUGAAUUAACCCACGGUUUUGAUAACAUGGGGAGAAAGCACGAUAAAUAUGGCAAUCACGUUCAGUGGUGGACCAAUAAGACUAUAGAAACUUUUGAAAAUUUAACAGAAUGCUUUAUUAAGCAAUACGACAAUUUCACAAUUGAAGGUGUGGAGGGUCAUGUGAAAGGAAAAAAUACCCUCGGAGAAAAUCUAGCGGAUAACGGAGGACUGAACCAAGCCUUCACAGCUUACAAGAAAUAUAUUAAUGAAUUCGGCGAGGAACCAAAAUUGCCUGGUUUUGAGAAUUUUACAAGCAGUCAAAUGUUUUUUAUUGCUUAUGGAAGUAUUUGGUGUGAGUCUACCACUGUUCAGGAUCUUCAGGAUCAGUUAGAGUACGAUGAACAUUCUCCAAAUUCGGUAAGAGUAAUUGGAACAUUGCAGAAUUCCGAAGACUUCGCUAAGUCAUUUAAUUGCCCCAAAGGAAGCCCAAUGAAUCCGUACAAAAAAUGUAAAAUUUGGUAACCACUUUGCCGAGUGUUAAUUGUGUGAUAUUUUCAGUAGCUUUAACUUUGUGAACAUUAAAUAAUUUGUGGUUUGA